AUGGAUGUUCAAAGAAAUUUUGAAUCUAAUGUAGAAAAACGUGCUAAAGAUACAUAUGGUCCUCCUCCAGGAAAAAAAUUGAUUGUAUUUAUUGACGAUCUAAAUAUGCCGAAAGUCGAUGUCUACGGUACUCAACAACCAAUAGCAUUACUGAAAUUAUUAUUGGAAAAAGGUGGCAUGUAUGAUCGCGGAAAAGAUCUAAAUUGGAAAAAAUUUCAAGAUAUGGUGUUUGUUGCUUCGAUGGGAAAACCUGGUGGUGGAAGAAACGAUGUUGAUCCUCGAUUUAUAUCAUUAUUCAAUGUCUAUAAUAUAACGUUUCCAUCAGAAGAAUCACUCUUUCUUAUUUGUAAUUCGAUACUUGAAGGACACUUGUUACCAUUCGAUAAAGAAGUACAAGGUAUAGCACCAAUAUUGACACGAAUGACAAUGGAACUCUAUCAUUCAAUAGUCAAAGAUCUUCCACCAACUCCUAGUAAAUUUCAUUAUAUAUUCAAUUUACGUGAUUUAAGUCGAAUUUAUAAUGGUCUUGUAUCAACAAUACCGGAACGUUUUCAAACAGCUGCACAAUUGACAAGAGUAUGGAGAAAUGAAUGUUUACGAGUAUUAUACGAUAGACUAAUCGAUUCACAAGAUAGAAAAAUGGUUGAUGAUAAACUUAGUCAACUGAUAAAUGAUCAACCAUUAUUGAAACCACAUGUAGAAUACAUAUUUCGUCAACCAAGUUUAUACGGUGAUUAUCGAACAGCAUUGGAUAUCGGUGAAGCUCGAAUAUACGAGGAUAUUCAAGAUUAUGAUGCAGCAAAAGCACUCUUCGAAGAAAUAUUACAAGAGUAUAAUGAACAAUAUACUCGAAUGAAUUUAGUUUUAUUCGAUGAUGCAUUAGAACAUUUAACUCGUAUACACCGUGUCAUACGUAUGGAUAAAGGAAAUGCGCUUCUCGUCGGUGUUGGAGGAAGUGGUAAAUCAUCGUUAACACGUUUAGCUGCAUUUGCCGCUGGUUGUGAAGUAUUUGAAAUCAAAUUAAGUCGAGGUUAUAGUGAACCACAGUUUAGAGAAGAUUUAAAAGUACUCUAUAAUAAACUUGGAAUGGAAAAUAAGAAAGUUGUAUUUAUGUUUGGUGAUCAACAUGUUGCAGAAGAAGGAUUUUUAGAAUUAAUUAAUAAUAUUUUAACAACAGGAAUGGUUCCGGCACUCUUCGCUGAUGAAGAAAGAGAAGGCAUUGUUGGAAAUAUUCGUGAUGAAGCAAUGAAAAAUGGUGCUAGUCCAGCAAAAGAAAGUAUUUGGCAAUAUUUUAUAACAAAGUGUUCAGUUAAUCUUCAUGUUGUAUUAUGUAUGUCACCAACGGGUGAUACUUUAAGAACAAGAUGUAGAAAUUUUCCAGGUUUAAUUAAUAAUGCAAUUAUUGAUUGGUUUUUACCAUGGCCUGAACAGGCUCUUUAUGCUGUAUCAACAACAUUACUCGCCGAAGAUAAUGAAUUUAUUCCAAAAGAAUAUCGUCAAGGAAUUGUUACUCACAUGGUCAUGGUUCAUCAAUCAGUUGAACAUUACAGUGAACAAUUUGCCAAAAAACUUCGUCGACACAAUUUUACAACACCAAAAAAUUAUCUUGAUUAUCUUACUACCUAUUUAAAACUUUUAGAAAGAAAAAAUAAAGAAAAUUUAGCACAACAACAACGUCUUGCUGGUGGUCUUGAAAAAAUAGAUGAAGCACAAAUUCAAUUGAAAGAUUUAGAUGCACGUUUACAAGUUCAACGU